AUGUUACAGCCGAUUGCCGCCAUGACAGCGACGCUCGUUGCUGCCGGAUUCGCGACCGAGGGCAGAUUCUGGCACUGGGUACCUGCGAGCUAUGCAAAACUAGAAGAGGCCGAGCGCAAGAUCCUCACGCGCGCAGUGUCAGCACCAUAUGAGAUGAAAAAGGUCGCGCAAUUGGGCACUCUGGUCGUGCCGUGCUCGGAUGAGAAGAAGCGUCGAGAGGCCGGGAACCUCGUGUUGAUCCACGGCUUUGCUGGCGGCAAUGCCGUCUGGGCACUGAAUCUGGACAAGCUGUCCAAGCACUUUAAUGUGUAUGCAGUGGAGUGGAUUGGUGCUGGUCGCUCGGAUCGACCGGACUUUAACUUUACAGACUACGACAGCGCGGAUGCAUUUAUCAUGGACUCGUUCGAGAAGUGGCAGCAGGAAAUCAAACUUGACCACUUUGACCUGUGCGCGCAUUCGAUGGGGGCUAUCUUCGCGUCGUCAUACGCGUUGAAGCACCCUGAACAUGUCAACCAUUUGGUAUUGGCGUCUCCUGCAGGUGUUCCGCUUCCACCGCCGCCUAUCGACGAAACGACGACAAACGGCAAAGCGACAAACACCUCGUGGCUGAAACGCAUUGUUAUCGCAGCGUGGAAGAACGGCAUAACGCCCAUGUCUCUAGCUCGGUUUGUAGGACCGUACGGACCGCAACUUGUCCAGUACGUGGUGCACCGUCGAACCUCAUUCAUGUUGGAGGAGAGUGCCAUGCGCGAUGGACGUGUCAACCUCGACGAGCUGGGGGAGUACAUGUACCACAACUGGGCACUAAAGCCAUGUGGAGAGCGUGCGUUGACGACGCAUCUCGCCCCGGGCGCACAUGCUGUUCGUCCCCUCGUGGCGAAGCUGCUUCCUGAAAGCGUGAAGAUGCCACUCACGUUUAUCUACGGCGAGUAUGACUGGAUGGACUAUCGUAACGGAUUGGACAUUGUCGAGCGCUUCAAGGAAAAGGGGCGUGCUGCUGACCUUUACCGUGUGUCGAACGGAGGGCACCAAAUGUUCAUGGAGAAUCCAGAUGACUUCAGCCGCAUUUUGAUCGAAUGCCUGACAAAGUAG